GCUACUGUCCAACCGCCCACGGCUCGGGAUUGGCCUACGUCACUUCCUUGUCGGGACACAGUCCACGCAGUAACCUGUCUUUGCAGAGACUGAUAGUCAUAUCGGCGUGACCAGAGCGCGCCCCACUCGGGGAGAGCUGCCGUCCCUCUUGGCCCUGAGCGCCGCAGCCCUGAGGAUCGCAUCUGGCUUGGAAACAGUCCCAGGACUGGAGCCACGAAGAAGGCCCAAGGAAGUCGCCAAGAGCCGAGGACGCCCAGAGACUCUCCGGCUUCCCGGAAGCGGAACCGGGCAUACCCGGAAGGAGCCGACCCCACCUGAAGAUUGCUGAGCCCCGGCAGGCGUUAAGCCUAACGGAGUCCACGUCAUGGCGGCAGAUGGAGCAGGUGUAGUCGGAGGAGGGGCUGUAGGCGGCGGCGGCCUGCCCAAGGACGGUUUGCAGGAUGCUAAGUGCCCGGAGCCAAUCCCCAAUCGGCGGCGCGCUUCCUCGCUGUCUCGUGACGCGCAGCGCCGAGCCUAUCAGUGGUGCCGCGAGUACCUGGGCGGGGCCUGGCGCCGAGCGCGGCCGGAGGAGCUGAGCGUUUGCCCCGUGAGCGGAGGCCUCAGCAACCUGCUCUUCCGAUGCUCGCUACCGAACCACGUGCCCAGUGUGGGCGGGGAGCCCCGGGAGGUGCUGCUACGACUGUACGGGGCCAUCCUGCAGGGUGUAGACUCCUUGGUAUUAGAAAGCGUGAUGUUCGCCAUUCUCGCAGAGAGGUCUCUAGGGCCCCAACUUUAUGGAGUGUUUCCAGAGGGCCGCUUGGAACAGUACCUCCCAAGCCGGCCAUUGAAAACUCAAGAGCUUCGGGACCCAGUGUUGUCAGGAGCCAUUGCAACAAGGAUGGCCCGUUUCCACGGCAUGGAGAUGCCCUUCACUAAAGAGCCCCGAUGGCUGUUUGGGACCAUGGAGCGGUACCUAAAGCAGAUCCAGGACCUGCCUGCCACAAGCCUUCCCCAGAUGAACCUGGUGGAGAUGUACAGCCUGAAGGAGGAGAUGAACAGCCUCAGGAAGUUACUAGAUGCCACACCGUCACCUGUGGUCUUCUGCCACAAUGACAUCCAGGAAGGAAACAUCUUGCUGCUCUCAGAGCCAGACAGUGAUGACAACCUCAUGUUGGUUGAUUUUGAAUACAGUAGUUAUAACUACAGGGGCUUCGACAUUGGGAACCAUUUUUGUGAGUGGGUUUAUGAUUAUACCUACGAGGAAUGGCCUUUCUACAAAGCAAGACCCACAGACUACCCCACGAGGGAACAGCAGCUCCGUUUUAUUCGCCAUUAUCUGGCAGAGGUUCAGAAGGGAGAGACCCUAUCCGAAGAGGAACAGAAGAAACAGGAAGAAGAUUUGCUGAUAGAGAUCAGUCGGUAUGCUCUGGCGUCUCAUUUUUUCUGGGGUCUGUGGUCCAUCCUCCAGGCUUCCAUGUCCACUAUAGAGUUUGGCUACUUGGUAAGUAAGCACUGCCGUGGGCGUGUUGGGUGGGGGCUGCAGUCGUGCCAUCCAGGACGUCUGGGCAGCCCCUGGUGGCUUUGGGCCUUCUCUCUGUGCCCUCUGGAUUUCCUUCCUUAGGAGUAUGCCCAAUCUCGGUUCCAGUUCUACUUCCAGCAGAAGGGGCAGCUGACCGGUUUCCCACUGUCUUGAGGAUCCAACCCCACCUCAGAUUUCUCCUGGAGCCUCCGGGGCGGGACCUCGGAGGGAGGGGCAAAGAGCAGAAGACCCCAGAGGCAGGGCCGUGCCUCUGCGUGAGACUGUUGAAAUAGCUGAUCUCUGUACCCCUUUCUUAGUACUUGCCCAGGGUGGGCAUCUGAGAGCCCCUGGGGCUGUGUACUUAAAUAAAUGAACUUCACAAAUACAAACUGA